AUGAUGCUCACAUCCAAGCAGCCAGUUCAUCACGGGUACCGGCCUGUCCAUGACCUACCGACGCCGCCUCGAUCUUCGCCCCCCUUGAGUAUCCAGGACCCUUUGCAGAAGCCAUAUCUAGCUCUCCCACAGAAGCAGAGCCCAUCUACCAAGCCCAUGUCAGCGCCUCAUCGUGGCCUGCCUCUCCCGGCAGCCAUGACACUAGCUCAACCACCACCGCCCCCGGCUCCUGGCCCUCCUCACCCACCAGCUCCGGGGCCACCUUUACAUUCACAAGGGGCACCAGUCCCUUCACCACAUAGUCAGUCGCUUGGUACAUUACCACCACCACCGCACCAGAGUUCCGAGGAGUCGAUGAGAAGUUGGCUGAUGGCUAAGGCCGAAGAAGAGAGGAGGAGACAGGAAGAAGAGAAGACAAGACAAGAGGGGUUGCGUCUAGAACAGAGAAGAUUAGAAUACGAUAUGCUCCGAACAUCUUUGGAUCGCGGCAUCCCACCGCCAAUGGUGCCACUUAUGUUUGCUGGUAUGAGCGGCGGAACGCUCCCACAGGCGGCUCUCGACUGGGCGCAACAGUAUAUAAUGUCGCAGCAGGCGCACACAGCACAGAUUAUGCCGUCACCGGAGGCCCGGAGAGAGUCUCAACAGUAUGGAGGACAGCAGUACGGAGUUCCGUCAACGCCAGGAUCUGGAUCGGGCGCCCAGGCGAGCUUUGUCCCUUAUCCAGGGCCUGGCUCUCCAAGGCCGAGAGCGCACACUUUGAGUAUGGGUGGAGGCGUGGGAAGACCAUUGGGAGGCUCUGCUCUGCCCCGAUUAAGUACGGGCGAAGGGCCCGGCGGGCCGUCUGGUAUUCCUCACCCAGCACACGCAUUAGCGCAGCAACAGGGAGCUCCUCAACAACAAGAGACUCAGUCACCAUCGAUAUAUUUCCAUCAUUGGCAACCACCGACUACCCACGGAGGCUCUAACCAGCCAGGAACGCCUUCUGUAGAAUCGCCUAAGAAACGAAAAGCGACUGGUCCUCAGCAACCAGCGCCUCCGCCGAGCCAAACGCGAUUUAGGUCACCACCUUUCGGGCAACAUGGAGGAUCACCGUUAUCAAACCCUCCACCGGGUCGACGGCGAGGCCAUUCCCGGCAGAGAAGUGACAUUUCGACCUAUCGAUCUGCGGGACGUGGUCGAAUUGAACCUUUCGGUCCUCACCGAGGACUCUCACCUGGCCUUGGACCGUCGAGAGAAGCAGGCGGGGGCGAACCAUCGCAGCAGCAGCAACCUCGGAGCGGUGCUCACUCGGUUUCGUCGUUACUGUCAGAUCAGCCAUCUCCACGAUAUCCGUCGGAAAUGAGGACGCAGCAGGGCGAGGGCGAACGACGAAAUUCGCCGGCGACGUCGGAAGAAAGGUCGCGUGGUGGUGUCGCAGCUGGGGUAGGAUCAGCCACGGGUCAUCCUGGUCCUGGGCGGGAAACUGAUUAAGAUCAUACUUUUUUGCGUGGGAUAAUGGCGUCCGACCGCGUUUCAGCCUCCGAGGCGAAUUUUGGGAGAGGGGGAAUUCAUGCUAGAUUCUGGAAGCGAGCCCAGAUCUCACGACAGACAAAUUCGGAUAUCUAAUAUUGCUUAGAUUAUCCUGGACGUUACUAGCACGCGAUAAUUUAACAAACAAUCGAAGAGGGUGGUUUUCUCCUCAAAUACCUGACCAUCGAGACCACGGCUGGACACAAGCGACUACAGAUGCGCCAGGUCAACUUUCCAAAUAUUGUCAAGAAAGAACGCAGUCUAGGAUGAGAUGGUUCGGCUACGACGAUCAUCUGGAAUUCACUGUAACUACUAGCUCGCAUCACAACUGUAUUAAAUCAUCCAUCUGCAUACUUGGGGACACAACGACGGACAAAAAGCAUUCUACGGUGUGGAGAAUAUAGGGUCAGGAAAAAGAGGACCUGGAGUUUCUGGACACCGGACUUUUUUUUCCACAUCAUUUUUUUCGGGAAAUUCGCAUUUGAGCCUGUACAUUACAAUAGAUAC